CGCAGCUCCCUCUUGCUGCAUCGUGAUCUCGCCGAUGCGGAGAGACGCUUGCCGAAGCGGGGUCACCUUCUGUCAUUGCAACAAAACGCUGAAUUGUUUACAAUCUACCUUAUUGCUGGAUUACUGCAUCUCGCACCAGGUCACCUCCGUCAGAUUUGGUGGAAGGCUGCCGGCACCUGAGUUUAUGGAAACCUGAUUUUCCAGGUGGAGAAGUGCAUGAAGAUCCCAGUGCUACUGCAGACACUUCCAGCAUCCAGUCCACUUUGUCACUUCCAGCAUAAUGUCUGGCACCUACGAAGAACCGGCUGGCCUAGAUGAUGCCACAGACAGCUUCUGGGAGGUGGGGAACUACAAACGCUGUGUGAAGAGAAUUGACGAUGGCCACCGUCUCUGCAAUGACCUCAUGAACUGCCUCCACGAAAGGGCCAAAAUUGAGAAGGCCUACAGCCAGCAGUUGACUGACUGGUCCAAGAGAUGGAGACAGCUAAUUGAGAAAGGGCCCCAGUAUGGCUCAGUAGAGCGGGCCUGGCUGGCAGUGAUGACUGAGGCAGACAAGGUGAGCGAGCUACACCAGGAGGUGAAGAACGGUUUGCUCAAUGAGGACCUGGAGAAGGUGAAGAACUGGCAGAAGGACUCCUACCACAAGCAGAUGAUGGGUGGCUUCAAGGAGUCAAAAGAGGCAGAUGAGGGCUUCAAAAAAGCCCAAAAACCCUGGGCCAAGAAGCUGAAAGAGAUGGAGACGGCCAAGAAAACCUACCACAUGGCCUGCAAGGAGGAGAAACUGGCAGCCACCCGGGAGGCCAAUGGCAAGGCCGACGCGUCCAUCACCCCCGACCAGCAGAAGAAGCUCCACGAGAAGGUGGACAAGUGCAAACAGGAUGUGCAAAAGGCCAAGGAGAAGUAUGAGAAGUCUCUGGAGGAGCUGGGAAAGUGCACGCCCCAGUACAUGGAGAACAUGGAGCAGGUAUUCGACCUGUGUCAGCAGCUGGAGGUGAAGAGGCUGACCUUCCUGAAGGAGGUCCUUCUGGACAUCAAGCGCCACCUCAACCUCACAGAGAACCAAAACUAUGCCACAGUGUACCGGGAGCUGGAGCGCACCAUCCUGGCAGCGAACACACAGGAGGACCUGAAGUGGUUCAGCAACAAUCACGGCCCUGGCAUGCCCAUGAACUGGCCACAGUUUGAGGAGUACAACCCAGACCUCACCCACACGAUCACCAAGAAGGAGAAGGUAAAGAAGACCAAUGAGGGGGUGACGCUGACCAAUGUCACCCAAGGAGGAGACCAACUGGCACAGGCCGGUGAUCGGGGGAGUGUGAGCAGCUAUGAGAAGAGCCAGACAUACCAGACGGAGUGGUCAGAUGACGAGCAGCCUGCCUCCAACUCAGGCAAUGAGACAAACGGGGGGGCCAACCCCUUCGAGGAGGAUUCGGGCAACGGGAAGGGCAUGCGCGUGAGGGCGCUCUAUGACUACGAUGGGCAGGAGCAGGAUGAACUCACCUUCAAAGCCGGGGAUGAGCUGACCAAGUUGGAGGAUGAGGAUGAUCAAGGCUGGUGUAAAGGUCGCCUAGCCAACGGGCAGUUGGGGUUGUACCCGGCCAAUUACGUGGAGUCAAUCUAGUCACCAUAGAAGAGGAGGACACCUUAUUAGAGGCAGCUCAGACUGUACCAUCCAAUCAUACUGCACAUAGCCAGAGACUCCAGAAUAACACUUCCCUUGCCAGAUAGAUCGCCCAGUCAGUAGACACAAUCUUACGUAAAAAAAGGCAGUAUAUUUAGUAUAUGUUAAUCCAUUUUGGGACAUGGGGGAAUCCAAACAACAAUAAAAAAACAUUCAUACAGUAUUUAUUCCAGAAUAUAUAUGAAUAUAUCACCAUUCAAGCAAGUGCAGGGAAACAUUUUGCGUUUUUGUGUAGCCGUGUUCAAUAUAAAUUUUGUGCAGCUGAUAUGACAUUUGUGUAGCGGUAUGUUCUCCUAUAACAAUGAGUAUUAUGUAGUUGAUGACACCCGUGUAGCCAGAAUGAGCUAUGCAAUGUGAAUUGUGUAAAAUUGAUGACAGUUUGUGUAGCAGUCUUGAUGCUAUGCGUGUACAGUCUUCAUUCUUGCAUUGGUAUUCCUGUGUAGCGUUACCAAAAAAAAAAGGCGCUAUACAAUGCUUUUUUCUUUCUUUCACUGUGGUUUUGGUCACAUUCCUGUUACCGGUGAGUGCUAUACGAUGUGUUGUUUAUCUCUGUGUUUGAUUCUGCAAGCAGCAUGUGCUAUGCAACACACAUUAAGUGCAUCUAGGUGACAUCCUGUCAAACCGUACCCGCAGGAUUGCAACACUUAACCAUGUGACCAAAGGGGGUGGGACAGGGCAAAGGGCCUAUCCAAUACAGGCAUGGUGCUCAUGGAUUGCUCAUGCCUUUGUCCACCCAACUGAUACCGUUCACAGAGAGAAGAUAGUAUGCUGUACAAAUGACAGAGCUCUCAGAAAUCUUUCACCUCCUCUGUCAAGGUUCUUUCUCAGAAAGCCCAGUUUUGUUUUCUUUAUAUGUAGGGUUAGUUUCUGGGAGGCAGCUUUUUCAGCUGGAUAUGUUUGAGAUUCAGGUGCACAGGAGUAAAGAGUUGGGUUUGGGUGAGGGGUUGUAAUAUUAUUUUUUUCAGGUUAGCAGUCACACAUAGGCUGGACGUUCAGAAUACGGUACUCAGAUCAUGGACACAGAUCUGAUGCACUGUCAUCUUUCAUUUUGUCCAGAGAUAUGUGUUUACCAUCAGUACUGCCCACAAUUUCUUUAAAAAGAACCUGCCCACAUAUUAUAUGCACACUUUUGUAGAGGCCUGGAUGGCAGUACUGAAUGGAAGUCUAAUGGGGAAUUUUGGUGCAGCCAUUUUGAUAUUGCUCGGAAGUCAGCCCUAAACCGUGAGUUCAUGUCUCAAAAUGGAAUGGCCUGAGCCGUGUCUCUAGGACAGGAGAGUAUUGCAGCUGUCGCUAUGCUGAUGCACUCUGAUGUGUUCGCCCUACUUUUAUCUCUUUCCCUGACUGUUGUGUGUGGCAUGCUUGUGCUUCAGGCAGCAGCAUCCAGAGAAAGCUGUAAUAGGGAAUACUCUCAGAUAUAGAUGAGACGCACCUCGCGAUGCGUCCGCCAAUAAUCUCACAGAGCAGUCUCCUUAACACUGUCUUCCACUCACUAGCUCUGAAUGAAUGCCAGCUCGGCGUGUUGCUUAAUUACGCGUGGUGAAGGUGCGGGGAAGGGGGGACUUGAUGGGUCUGGUUGUUGAGGGUUUGGGGGGGUCAGUGGUGGUGUGUAGGCUGGGAGCGGGUUUGCUUUUUGACAUGAGCCAAAGAAAGACUGAAAAACCCCCUGCUUCAGGUCUGCUCGUGAAACAAUGACCUCAUGAAUCCACGUCUCUCCACAUAAAGAUAAUCUCAUUUCUCACACUUGCUCAUGGGCUCUUUUUCCUUAACUUCCUCCCCCUCUGAAUGAAGGCUGGGGGUGGGGAGAGGGGAGGGGGGCAAUGGGAUGUCACAGCAGACCGGGUGGGGGACCGGCUGUCAUGGACACAAAGCAUUUCUUAAUGCUUAAUUUUGUCCCUUUGCAUUUGGUGCCCCUCCAGACAGUUGGCAUCCCUCCAGGCAGGUGGUGCCCUAGGUGGUUGGUUUUAUGGCCUAUGCCGAGAACCAGCCCUGCCCUCGAGACUGGGACUUCCUGUGACUUCAGUACUCUGACACUCACCCUUAUUUCCACUCUGUUAUUUUACAACAGAGACUCAUUAUGUUCUAGAGAUUAUCCAGCCACAGGGCUGGACAUUUACUACCUUGGGCAAGGGUGCGGCCGCUGCUUCUCACCCUGGGAUACUCAAAGUCCACAUUCUACUGUUUACCUUGUCACGCUGCAAAGCCUCUGUUAGAAUCUCUCUUCUACCUGCCUUUUAUGUAUGCCCGUUUACUGCAAAUUCAGGUUCUGUGUAUUAUGUACUAAUCGAAUGAAAUCCAAGACAUUUCUGCUUUUUUUCUAAAUAUCACAGCUGUUAAAAGGCACAAUUGACUUCCAAUCACAUUGUAUGAAGGUGUUCACUACAAAAUUGUAGUAUUGCACUGCAUAUAAGAGGCUAAUAAGGAGAAUAUCCGCCCCACAAACUGAGCUUCUCCACUUUCCCCUUCAUAUCUCACCUGUAAAACCAAGAUGUUCCAUCUCAGUGCUUCAACGAUUCAUUCAAAUAUACAUGGAAAAACUUAGGCAUUAGGAUAAGCUUUGCAUUUUGCCAGCAUGUCUGCAGGGACUAAAAUAUAAGUAUGUUCCAUAUAAUGAGAAGACAGAUAUCAGACGGUUUCUCUGAACUGACUACUCUCUGAAUCAGCUGCAAUGGUGAAGGGGAAUACUGUACCUAAGUCACAGAGUGUGAGUGAUUUCACGUGCCCCAAGUGAUUGGUGCAAUAAGCAUUGAAGUAGAUGUUCAUGUGCUGCAUUAUUAACUAUGGGAGAUUAUAUACUGACUGUCUCAGCAUAAUGUGGGACCACAUUACCAGCUCUACCUACAGUACACAUAUUUCAUGUCUUAGUGUAAGCUCUAUCCAGUGUAAGAAUAUGAUUCCUAGCCCACCCCCUCCCCCUCCCUAGCACAUAUUUACACACAGAGCUGCACCUGGGACAGAACUUUGGGAAAAUAAAAAAAUCUUUAUUGUGCUCUGUCUGUAUGAAUUGUGUGUAUUUAGCUAAACAAAAGACAAAAAAGUUGCAAGUUAUUGAAGAAUAAAGACAAAAUGUAGUGUCUUACUUGAAAAUGUGCUAUACAUACCUGAGAAAAAAGAGAAAAGCAAUGGUAAACUAGUAGGUUCCAUUCUAUAUUUAUUUAAAUUGCAAUGGAAUUGUAAACCUAUCAGAGCGUGCAGUUGUCUCACGCUGUUUGAUUUGUAUAUGAUGAUGUAUUUUAAAGAAUAUAUUAUAUUGUAAGUGUACAAUUGUGUGGAGCUAAAAUGAAAUGCAACUACAAUAAGCAGUAAAAAGGUGUAUAUGUAAA